UUGCCGUUGAUCAAAAUCAGACACAAAAGAUUUGUAUUGCUGGUUGCAGACUGACAGUUUCGGUAAGGUCAUCUGACCACACGGACUGACUUCGAGAUAAAUGGGGGGAGGUGCCAGAUAUCCUUAUCCGAAACACGUUUGGACGCCAUCAGGGGGAUGGUGGACACGUCCAUCAAACUGGAAGUCCAAUACUGCCAUUGUUGGCCUCGGCAUUGCAGCUAUCACAUACGUGACCUGGAAGUACAGCGCCGCUCGAGAGCAUCGUCUGUCUGACCCUAUUAAGCCUAUUCCUUCCCAGCUGUGGGCCAAACAGUACCAAGACCGACAGUCGCAGUCCUAGUACAAGAUCGCAACCCAAUUGUAUCAUAUAGAGUUGCACCAUCUUUCCACCUUUGGGCAUAUGCUCAGAUGCUGACCAUGGGAAAGUUAACGAUUGGUCCCAAGGCAAUAUUUUAUUUGCAGGAUCCUGUAUAAUGGCAAAACAAACGUGAAAGCGUAGACCUCCAGGAUAUUACAACUCGAAGAACAUUCAAGUGGUUUAGUCAGAGUCAUUAUCCUGGAUCGUGAUCAUGUCAUUUAGACUAUCGUAAG